AUGGCGCGGAUAAAGAAAAAGGGCCAGGCCGGCGCCGCCAAAAACUACGUGACCCGAAACCAGGCAAUCCGGAAACUACAAAUCAGCCUGCCCGACUUCCGCCAGCUUUGCAUCUGGAAGGGCAUCUAUCCGCGCGAGCCCCGGAGCAAGAAGAAGGUGUCCAAGUCGUCUACGGCCUCGACGACCUUCUACUACGCCAAGGACAUCCAGUACCUCCUCCACGAGCCACUGCUGCAAAGGUUCCGCGACCAGAAAGCCCUCGAGAAGAAGAUCUCGAGGGCCCUGGGGCGCGGCAAUGUUUCCGACGCCAAGCGCCUCGAGACCAAUGCCGCUCGGCCUGAGAAGACGGGCAAGCCGCGCUACACUCUCGACCAUGUCAUUCGCGAGCGCUAUCCGACCUUCAACGACUCGCUGCGAGACUUGGACGACUGCCUUUCCAUGCUCUUCCUCUUUGCCAAUUUGCCCUCGACCUCGAGCGUCCCCGCCAAGAUGAUUGCCCGAUGCGAGCGGCUAUGCCUCGAGUUCCAGCACUACCUGAUUGUUUCCAAGAGCCUCACAAAGUCCUUCUUGUCCAUCAAGGGCAUCUACUACCAGGCCAACAUCCAGGGCGAGGACGUUCUGUGGCUGGUGCCGUACAAGUUCAACCAGCGCAUCGUCGGCGACAUCGACUUUCGCAUCAUGGGGACCUUUGUCGAGUUCUACAUGACCCUGCUGGGCUUCGUCAACUUUCGGCUGUACACAUCCCUUGGUCUCAAGUAUCCUCCCAAAUUCGACGUGACCAAGGAUGAAAACUCGGCAGAGCUGGGCGCGUUCACCCUCGAGGGCAAGUCAUUGGUGGCGCCCGAGGAGCCCAAGCAGCUCGAGGAUGUCCCCCAUAGGCCUGACCCCAGGGUCCAGGCAGCCGUGAACAAGGUCCUGAAAACGAUGAAGAGCGGCGAAAGUGAGGAGGAUGGCGAGGCUCCUGGCAAUGCCAACGAGACGGAGCAGGACACGACGAACGGAACACUGGACAAGUUUGAGCCGACGGCAGAGGGAGGUGAUGUCUUACCCCAGCCAACCUCUGGAGGCAGCCAGGGGUCCCUCUUCUCAAAUUUCACAAUCUACCUGUCGCGUGAGGCGCCACGACAGCCCCUCGAGUUUCUGCUGAAGGCAUUUGGCUGCAAGCGCGUCGGGUGGGAUGCGGUACUGGGCGAAGGCGCAUCCACAACAGACGAGCUGGACCCCUCGAUUACACAUCAAAUCGUCGAUCGACCCCCGAUCCAAGCAGCGAUGGAAGAGGACGGGGACGGAGAAGACAACCAGACGUCGUGGAAGCUGGCGGGCAAUCAGCGAGUGCCGGGGCGGAUAUACGUUCAGCCUCAGUGGGUAUGGGACAGCGUCAACGACCAGGAGCUGAAGGAGCCUCACCUGUAUGCCCCCGGCGCAUCGCUGCCCCCUCAUCUGAGUCCAUUUGUCAAGCAGGUGCAGGGCGCCUACGACCCGACGGUGCCUCUCGAACAGCAAGAGACCGAGGCUGAGGCUCUGGAGGCGGCCGAGGAUGAGGACGCCGAUGAGACUGUCGAGGGCAUGGAUGUUGCGGGCUCCGAAGAUGAAGAUGAGGACGAAGAUGGAGAGGACGAGGGCGAUGCCAAAGGAAACGACGGGUCUGAAGGACCAUCAGAUGACGACGAGGACGCGGCGGAGGACGACGAGGGAGAUGAGACCAAGCCGGUCGACGCCAAGGCCAAGGCCCGUGAGGGCGCGAAGAAGGCGUUGUCCAAGAAGUCGCGCGACGAAGCGGAGGAGCUCGAGCGCGCCAAGGGCAUGCUGAGCAAGAAGAAGAGGAAGCUCUUUGAGCAAAUGGAGUACACCAAUAAGAAGAAGAGCGCCGAGGACCAGAAGCUGCGGGCGAAACGGAGAAGGUUUGAAAAGGAAAAGGCGCGAGGAAAGGCGUAG